AUGUUAAUAAAAUGUACAAUAGUAAUAGGUGUAGUCUUGGGAUUUAUUAGGAAUCCGCAAAGUUAUUAUAUGAAGAGAAAAUUACUCUACUCUCAACAGGAGGAAGAGCCUUAUAGAUUUGUUGAUGGGUUUAGACUUGUUGUACCCUACAGUAAUGUAUAUAAGACGUUUGUGAAGGAACGUUGGCUUGGAAAGCCUCUUCAAAAGGUACUAAAGGACGAAUUUGCAGCGUUUACGCCAGAUUAUAUCAAUUUCGCCAUUAAUAAAAAUAACAUUAAAGUCAUUUUACAAAAUGGUGAGGAGUUGGAUAAUACCUCUGAGAAUGUGUUGGACCACAUUUUAAAGCCAAAUGAGCGUAUUAUACACGAGGCCAUUGUCCACGAGCCUGUAGCUCUUAACUCUAAUAUACCAGUUGUAUGGGAGAAUGAAGAGUAUAUAGUAGUCUCAAAACCUACAAGUAUUCCCGUUUAUCAAACUGGAACCUAUAAAUACAACUCUUUGAUGGAGAUUAUGAGGCGUGAACUCCCCUCGUGCCGUGGGAUUAAACUGUUUACUAUUCACAGAAUUGAUAAACUCGUUUCAGGACUAGUUGCCUUUGCUAAAAGUGCCAACUCAGCCUCUGAACUAUCUCAGGCUAUCAGGGAUAAUGAGGUCAAAAAAGUAUACAUAGCAAGAGUUAACGGUGAUUUUUCACAUUUACUCAAUAAUUCACACCGUGAUAGUGGAGAUAAAAGUGACGAUUCGUUAGAAAAUGUAUUUGAGAGUGUAGGAUACAUGAGAGUAAUUAGUAAAAAAGAAGGAAGAUAUGAGUUUGUGGGUGAGAAUGCCGAGGAUGAGAGUUAUAAGCCCUCAGUGACUAGGUUUAAGUUUAUAAAAUAUAACAAGGAUCUUGACGAAUCACUAGUUUUAUGUUCGCCAAUUACCGGAAGAACACAUCAAAUCAGGGCAAAUUUGAGAUAUUUGGGUCAUCCGAUUUCAAAUGAUCCUUGGUACAAUAAUGAAGAGUUGACAGACGGGAGUAAGUAUUUCAAGCCCAUUCCUCCAAUUAAAUGGUCAAUUAACGAGGAAGGGAAUUGGUGUAUACCUCAGCUUAAUUUUAAUGAUUCCAGUACAGAUAAAGUUAAUGACGAUGAUCACAAGUUUCACAUUGGUCUGAAUAAUGAAGUAAUUAAUGGUUCUAGUAGAAUUUGUUCUGGAAUAUUCUUGCACUCCUUGAGGUUUAACUGGUUAAAUCACUUUGAUGUCGUCGAUUCUCUUCCAAAAUGGGUCAACGAUUUCAACAUUUCAACCAAACUAAAUCCAACCCUUUAACGUAGUAUCAUAGUA